AGAAUCCAGCGUGGUUUGCAAAAGAGUGAAAACGCAGGAUCGACCGCUGAUGGAAAAAGGACAAACGAGUGUGUGUAUACGAUGGUUAGGUGAAGCAAUUCCCGGACACAAAACCUCCAAAAGAGAAACCAAACACAGAGGGAACAGCCUCGUCUUCUUAUUAUAUGAGAAAUUGCGCCGUCCCUCUGGAGUCUGAGCCAGCGGCACCGCAAACGCAUGCCAAGUUCUUUCUCAUCACUCCCCCAGUCAGUUGUCCGGUUCUUCAAUUACAAUCGUCCUCUGUCCAACCUCUCGCAAUCUCCCAUCGAGGAACGAGAGACGAGACAAGCAGACAGGAACGACAACGUCGAAGGGAAAUUAACCUGGAGGCGGCCCAGGGAAAUGAGGAUGAUCCUGUGGGGAUGGUGGUGAUUGGCCCGUGGCCCUGGCUUCCAAACACUCCCAUUGCCUCUUCGGGACUCGGGCAUGCGGUUGUGCGCCGAUUUAGGCUCGGGCGAUCGUCACAUCAUCUUUUAAGCUUGAUCCUCGCCUCGUCCAUACAAAUUACACCUUGCAAUACAGUAUGUGAUGGGUUUCUCGUCUGCGGCGUACAUGUUGUUGGGACGGAAGACGGAGAUAUGUUUGAUUAUCCGCCUGAAUACCUCAGGCUCUUAUUUCAUGAUUUGAUGUUGUCCACAACGAUGAGUUGCAGCCUUAGAAUCGGAAGAUAAAUUGUUCAUCAUAGCGGCGAGUCAUAGAACUACGCAAAGUCCACAGCUAAUUUGGACGGGCGAGGGCGUUGUGCGCCUCGACUCUCUACUUUGUAGA